UCAGUGCGUCUGUACUUCACGGGACAAGCUUUUACCGGGAGCACUACAGCCUUUUGUUGCUCUUGACAUGGAAAUGCUGAAGGCUCAAAAUCUUGCACUCACUUCACUGAGCAUAGCGAGCUGAGGAUCAUGUCUCUCCCAGAGGAAGACCUUUCGUGUCCCAUAUGCUGCGACAUCUUCGCAGACCCUGUUCUGCUGUCCUGCAGCCACAGCUUCUGCAGGCUCUGUCUGCGGCGCUGCUGGGACACCCCUGGCGUGCACAAGUGUCCCGUGUGCAGGAAAAGAGCCUCCAAGUCUAAUCCCACCUCCAACCUGGCCCUGAAGAAUCUGUGUGAGGCUCUGCUACAAUUGAGGACACAGCAUCCAGCACCGGGGGAAGAGGCAGCAACCAGCUGUAACCUUCACGCGGAGAGGUUCAAGUUCUUCUGUCACGUUGACAAAAAGCCCCUCUGUGUGGUGUGUCAGUCUUCUGAGAUGCACAGAGGCCAUGACUGCUCCCCUAUAGAGGAGGCAGUGUUGGACUGCAAGGACGAUCUUAAUUCAACCCUUGAGAACCUGCAGGAUAAACUUGACAGCCUUAAAAGAAUUCACACAUCCUGUGACGACAUUCUCAAUCACAUCAAGAGCCAGGCGCAGCAAACAAAGACAGUGAUCAAGGACCAGUUCGAGCAACUCCACCAGGUCCUUUAUCAGGAGGAGUCAGCCAGAUUAGCCGCCCUGAGAAGUGAAGAAGAAGAGAAGAUCACAGGAAUGAAGCAGAAGAUGGCAGCGAUCUCAGCAGAGAUGCUGUCCCUCACAGAGUCCAUCAACAUCCUGGAGGAGGAGUUGAAAGCGGAGGACAUUGUCUUGUUGGAGAACUUCACAGCUGCAAAGGAGAGAUGCACUAACAUACAGAUCAGUCCAGAGAUCAUGUCCGGGGUGCUGAUCGACGUGACCACGCAUCUGUGCAACUUGAAGUACAGAAUUUGGGAGAAAAUGCAGGAGCAUGUUGACUACACUCCAGUGACGUUGGACCCAAACACGGCGCACCCCUGCCUCAUCCUGUCCCGGGACCUCACCUCCCUCCACUACUCCAGCCAGCCCUGGCCGCGUUGCCCCGACAACCCCGAGCGGUUUCACAUGAGCGCGGAGGUGGUGGGUAUGGCCGCCCUCGGGUCCGGAAGUCACCGCUGGACGGUGGAAACAGGAGGCAACCAGGACUGGCUGCUGGGUGUGGCCUCCGCGUCCGUUCCCAGAGACGCGGAGGUCUUGGCCCGGCCCGAGAACGGCUUUUGGACCUUGUGUUUCCGGGACGGAGGGCUCAGGGCGAUGACCUCGCCGCCGACGCCGCUGACGUCGAGCAGGAAACCCCGCCGGGUCAAAGUUCAGCUGGAUUACGCCGAGGGGACGCUGUCGUUCUUCGACGCCGCGGACGACGCGCUCCUUUACGCGUUCGCGCACACCUUCCCGGAAGCGCUGCUGCCAUAUUUUUACACGCAGAGCCCGAGUCCCCUGAGGAUCCUGCCCGGCAACGUGCCCGCUGGGAUGCUGCGGAGGGGGGAGGGCGAGCUGUCCCAAAGCUGCUCCGCUGAAUGAGACACACGCCGCCCUCGAAACCUGAUGGCGGAAAGAGAUAUGACACGAUUCACCAGAUCUCAACCCAGUUGAACGCCUAUGGGAGAUUUUGGACCGACAAGUUAGAGAGCGCUCUCCACCACCAUCACCAAAACACCAAACAAGGGAAUAUCUUCUGGAAGAAUGGUGUCCGUCCCUCCAGUACAGUUCAGAGACUUGUAGGAUCCAUGAAAACGAGCACUGAAGCUGUUCUGGAGGCUCCUGGUGGGCCAACACCUUACUAAGACACUUUAUAGUGGUUGUUCCUUUAAUUUGUCACCCGUCUAUAUAUUCUGGAUUCUGUUGAUUGUAUGUGUUGGGUGUGUUUGUCUGUCUCUUUUUUGGCCAUAAUUAUGUCUUAUAUAAAAGGUCAAAGUGUGCAUCUCUGAGAGCAACUCACCGUGUCAAAUUCUAUACAAAAAAGUUAAACAUAUUGUCAAAUUUGUAUUUACUAAAUCCUUC